UGGUAUUCAGCAACGCCUUCAACACUCUUCCUUUGUACAUUGUCUCGCGAAGUAAGAUAUUGUCUGGUUCGCGAGCCGCGAGAGAGGUCGCAACCAUGUUAGCGUACAUUUUAUCAAUAACUCUUCUGCCCUCCGUGCUAUCAACUGUAACUUACAGUUGCAAUAAGGCAGUCGGGAUUGAAGAGAAUACCAUUCCUGACUCAAGCAUGACGGACUCUUCCCAUUACAGCCGAUUUCAAAAAGCGUCAGAGGGCCGUUUGAAUAACUUGAAUGAUGACAACGGAGUGGGAGCGUGGUGCGCAAAGAAAGAGGACGUCAGAAAUGGCAUAGCAUUCAUCGAGGUUGACGUUGGUAAGGAGAUGUGGCUAGGCAAAGUGUUGACACAAGGUCGUAACACAACCUACGACCAGUUCGUUAAAAGGUACAACGUGUCUUAUAGCACGGAUGGCACGAACUUUGUCUUCCUCCAAGAAGCUGCUGAACCCAAGAUAUUUUCUGCUAACACAGACAUGAACUCGAUAGUAAUUCAAAGCAUCCGCCUUCCCUUGGGGGACCCCCCUAAGGCGCGUUAUGUGCGAAUCCACCCUGUCGAGUUUUAUAGCAACCCCUGCAUGAGAAUUGAGCUGAUGAGCUGUAUAAUCAAAACAUGCCAAACGGGCUAUAAGGUGUCAGCUGACGGCCUCUCCUGCGAGGACAUCAACGAAUGCGAGGACCAACUCUCGUGUGACCGCUCAAGCACUAGAUGCGUCAACAGCGUUGGAAGCUUCAAAUGCGUGUGCAAAUCAGGCUUUAAACCCAACCACGCCAGCGACUUCAGAUGCACAGAUGUCAAUGAAUGCGUAGAGACUGCUCACAACUGCCAGCAGAAAUGCAACAACGAUUAUGGCUCGUAUCAUUGCUCGUGCGACCCAGGAUUCCAACUGAACUCGGACAAGAAGACAUGCUCAGAUAUUGAUGAAUGCUUGCGUCGUACCCGCUGUGACAGUACAACUACUACUUGCCAGAAUAGUAUCGGAGGUUCACCAGGGUACACCUGCGAAUGCAUCGCCGGGUACGAGCGCAAAGACCAGUGGUCAUGCAAAGAUAAGAACGAGUGUACAAACGGUGAGCAUAACUGCUCGACAACUUCCACUGUCUGCCAAAACGUACCCGGAGACUACGCCUGUGUUUGCCGCAACGGAUUCCAACGGCCGCCUGGACAGACCCCAGACAAAUACAAGUGCGAAGAUGUAGACGAGUGUGCUACAAAUAAGGGCGGAUGCAGUCACGGAUGUCAGAACAUCGCGGGGGGUUAUUUCUGCACUUGCCCCAAAGGUUAUCACAUCGAGAAAGGCAUUGAUAAUUUCAACUGCGUCGAUCGAAAUGAAUGUGUCCUCGAUAACAAUGGUGGAUGUCAACAUUUUUGUAACAACACCGUUGGCGGUUACCAAUGCUACUGCAAACGGGGAUUUAAGCUCAGUGGACAAUAUCAUUGUGUCGAUAUUGACGAAUGCGCUGAAAAACUGGACAAGUGUGAUCCGGUGACAACAGACUGUAAAAACAAUGUGCCACUAUACCAGUGUGAUUGUAAGAAGGGGUUCAAGACAACUAGCUCUAUCUACAAGUGUCAAGCCAAUGUCUGCCCCGCGCUGUCUACUGUGACCGGUACCACAGUCUCCCCUGCCGGUUGCACGCAGACUGGUGGCGCUUAUGCAGGCAUCCACUGCGUCUUCAGUUGCCAGCCAGGGUACAAGCUACCGGAGAACACUGCUAACAGUGUCACGUGUCAGAGCACUGGUCUUUGGAGCGGUUCGCCAACUAGCUGUCAGAAAAAGCGUUGCCCCGCCCUCACUGCUCCAUCUAACGGGAGACUGUUCCCUAAUUUCUGUGCGACUAGCGGCAAUGUCUACCAGGAGAAGUGUCACUUCUUGUGUAACAGUGGCUACGUGGCAGAGGGCGACUUGUCACGCACUUGUGAAGCAACGGGAACGUGGAGCGUCGUACAGACCCCCUUCCGAUGCAAGAAAGUGUAUCCAAAACCCACGCUCACCUGCCCAACGGAUGUGACAGUCGACCUUGGCCCAACUGAAAGCACCGCGGACGUAUCAGGUCUCCUGGGGAAGCCUUUGUCUAAUGUGCAACAAGUUACCGUUUCUCCCGCUAAGUACAGCGAUUAUUACAUCUUCCCUGCUGGCUCGACGGCGCUCACAUACACCGCUACCAACCAGAACAGCGAGUCGAUCAGCUGCAUAACCAUGGUGAAUGUGCUGGACAAUACGAAGCCGGUCUUCAGUGGCUGUCCACCGGACAUCUACAAAACCGUAACGAAAUCAACAGCAGAGGUGACAUGGACGCCUCCAAAAGCCACGGACAAUGUCGGCGUAACCGAACAGAGAGCGACACACAACCCUGGCGACACUUUUCCUCUCGGCUCUACGAGAGUAACCUAUACUGCUCGUGACAAAGCGGGAAACAAUGCCGACAUAUGCACUUUUCUUAUACAGCUUAAAAAGGCCCAGUGUGACCCUAACCCCCCUCAGCCUGACGGCGGUACGCUGACUGUGUCAUCCUGGGGGAGCACUCAAUGGGCGGCGGUCGUGUGUAAUGCCAACAAGGAUCAUUUCUAUUUCCACUUCGCGAUCACGUGUGACAUCCACACAUGGCAGUGGAGCACAAUCCCAGACUGCGUGGACUUUAUUGAUCCUAAGCCCAGCUCUGGGUGCCCAGAAGGCUAUGUGCCCCAGUCCUCCCUCGUCGCUUAUCCAGCCAAGAACAUCUGCGUGAAGUGUCCAAAGGGGACUUUCUACGAUAAAGGGUCCAAGCAGUGCGUUGGUUGUCCAAAAGGUCAAAUAAGUUCCGCCGAGGGUAGCCUGAAAUGUGAGCCUUGCCCAAGCGGGACGUCCACCCUGAAGGUCGGAUCCAAGAAGUGCAUACAGCUUUGCCCUAUUGGUGAAUUCUCCGCAAGUGGCUUCGACCUGUCGUCUGGUCUGUGUCAAAAGUGCAGCAAGGGGACGUAUCAGGACGUGUCUGGUUCAAAGUCUUGCAAGAGUUGUCCUUCCGGACAGACCACUUUAAGAUUGGGCAGCAAGAGCGCUAGCGACUGCGGUGGCCCGCCGGUCAUCACUGAGUUCGUGUCAAUCCCCGAUAACGCGACCGAGGAUAAAUCUGUGGAUCUCAUCUGCAAAGGAUCAGGGAAGUCUCUCUCUUUCAACAUCACCAAGAUCAUCCCAGCACCUGCUGGAUUCGGAGGGCCUUUCACACAAGCCGACAUCCGAGAUUCCACUGGCCAGAAAGUCAUCGGAAUGCGUCACUCCAUCUCUAUUGUCAUGGAGAAGGAUGCAGGCGAAUAUAUCUGCGCCGUGGAGAACAACUUUGGUUCAGCCUCGAAGAAAUACAACCUGAAAGUCCAUCUUAGUAUCACAGUUGGUCGCCGUCGACGCCGAUAAAUAACUGGUGGUGGUGAAAGCAUGUAUGAGUUCAACUUCAAUAAUUAAACAAUAAUUAAUAAAUCGUUGUAAAAGUCAUUGUAGCCUUGAAAAAUUAAUAAAACAUACUAGUUAUUGUG